AUGCUCGGAGUCGAAUCUCCAUUUCAAAGGGCAUUUGGAAAAGCAGCCGACAGCCUGCCCGCUCUCCGAGCUAAACACGUGUACUCAGAAGCCCAACGAGUGCUCGACUUCAGAAAACGAUGUGAAGGGUUCGGCUGCGCCGCGGGUGACAAAGCGGAACUCUUACAAACCCUUGGUGAGCUAAUGAAUGAAAGCCAGGAUUCAUGUCGCGACCUUUACGACUGUUCCUGCCCAGAAAUCGACCAGCUCGUUAAAGUUUGCAGGUCGGCAGGCGCAUAUGGAAGUCGACUAACCGGCGCUGGAUGGGGAGGUUGCGUGGUAUCGCUAGUUGCAGAGACUUCUGUCGACCACUUUGUGAAACAGGUGGCUUCACAGUACUUCGGACAGAGUGUUGAGGCCCUUACAUCAAAAAUAUUUUAUUCCGUCCCGGGUCGGGCUGCUGGAUUCGUUCGUGUGGAUUGA